AUGAGCGCGCGCAAGUUCGUUACUGAGUACGUCGCGCGCCACCUGGACGGGCUGACGGUGCUGGCGUCCCUUUCGGACCGACCUACCACCACCACCGAGAGCUGCGGUAGCAGCGCCGCUGCAAAGCCCGUCAUCUGCACCCACAACGGCAGCUUCCACUGUGACGAGGCAAUGGCAUGCGGUCUUCUCCGCCACGUGCCCGAGUACCGCGAGGCUGUCAUCCUGCGCACACGCGAUCCGAAGGAAAUCGACGCCUGUGACAUUGUUGUGGACGUCGGCGCCGUCUACGACGCCGACAGGAACCGCUAUGACCACCAUCAGGCCAGCUUCCACGGGACCAUGACGACGCCGAGGAAGAUGUACAAGACGCGUCUCUCCUCUGCCGGCCUCGUGUACAGGCACUUUGGUCGCCAGAUCAUCCGCCAGUACGUCGAGGCAGCGUUGCAGCCACUCUCGUCGGUGCGCGAGACGGUGCUGAGCAUGGCGAGGUGGUCGGAGAGCCGCACAAGCCUCUCGGACGCAGAACUCGAUGCCCUCGAGGACGCCCUCUACGCUAACUUUGUGGAGGAGGUGGAUGGCAUCGACAACGGGGUCGAGUGCUGGGGUCUUGCCGACCCAGCCGUCGGAACUCUCGUGCCCAACUACAAGCAAGACACGAACCUGUCGCGGCGCAUUGGGAAGCUGCAGGCGUUCUGGAACGAGCCAGAGAACGGCAACGUCGUCGCGGAGAACGCGAACUUUGCUGUGGCGGUGGAGAUGGCGGUAACGGAGUUCUUCGAGGCGCUCACGUACCUCGCCUUCAGCUGGCUGCCGGCCCGCACCAUCGUCGAGGCUGCCUUUCAGCGCCGCCACGAGUUUGACGAGAGCGGCAAGAUAAUGGUAUUCAAGGACACAAAGAUGUGUCCGUGGAAGGACCACCUUUUGGAGCUGGAGGCAGAGACCCACUGUGUUGGUGCCGUACUCUACGUGGUCUUCUCCGACGGCAAAGGCUGGCGCGUGCAGGCGGUCCCCAAGACGAGCACGAGCUUUGAAAAUCGAAAGCCGCUGCCGUACCGCGGUCUGCGUGACGAUGAGCUGAGCGCCGCCUGUGGCAUCGAAGGCGGCGUCUUUGUGCAUGUCUCUGGCUUUAUCGGGGGCAUGAAGACGCUCGACGGUGCCAUGGCACUGGCGAAGCAGGCGCUAGUGGCGGUGGAUUAG